AUGCCCAGAGUGUGUGUAAACCAUCCUGAUAACUUUUGUUACAUUUGCGGUCAACUUACUAUUAAAAGUCAACGUCGUAAUUUGACACCAUUAGUUAAAAACUGUUAUUUUAAUUAUUUUGGCUUUCCGGUGCGAAAUUUGGACAAAACCUGGACUCCUAGUGUUUGUUGUGCACAAUGUGUUAGUUUAUUAACAUCAUGGGCUAAAGGAUCUCGUCAUAUGCCGUUUGCAGUUCCAAUGA